GUGGAUCCUAGACUCUUUGAGUUAUAAAAAUAACACUAAUGUAAAUAAUUCUGACAUAGAAAAUCCUGAACAAAAUAUUGGUGUUUACUUACCUCCUAUUGAAACAUCAUCUCUUCAGCUACCACCUUACUUACGAAAUAAGGAUGCUAUCAUAUUUGAGGCCAGAAAUGAAACACAAAAUAAUAUGGAUGGAAAUUCAAUUCAUAAUGUAGAUUAUACAAAUGAAAAUUCAAGUGGAAAUUUAGAUAAUUUGACAGAUGUUACCUCAGCCCUUAAUUUAACUGCAUUAUAA